UUAGUUAAAAGCAGCAAGCCUCUUCCCAGAAUGGAUGUUGGCACUGAUUUCACCUUUCUGGCAGAUGAGAAGUUUGACUUUGAUAUAUCCCUAUCUCCUUCAAGUGCUAAAGACACUGAAGAUUGUGAUGAUGAAGUGUUCAUUGGUCCAGUUAAACACAAAGAAAAAUGUGUUCUUGCAGCUAUCCAAUUACAUGAAUCUGAUAAGAAAACGUCUCCUUCAGAUGAUCAGUCUGUCUGGAGUCCUCUAAGUGGUGAUAAAUUCGUUGAAAUAUUCAAAGAAGCUCACUUGCUGGCACUACAGCUGGGAUGUUCUACGAAUGAUGACAGAAAAGAGGAGCCACUGCAACCUGCCCCAAACCAAGCAGUGGAGAAAUUUGUACAGGAAUCAAAGUCCAAAUUAAAACUUUUUGAUGCAUUUAAUGGGGUCGAUAAAACCCCAGUUGCUAUUAAAAGAGAGACUUAUUGUAUACAGGAUAGCCCUCUCCAACAGCUUCCGCCAUCAAUCCAACAGCAGACUAUGCGACCUAACAAACACAUUGAACGUACGGAGGCUCAAAAAUCUCAAAUCUUGGCAAGCCCCUUAAAAGGACCAAAAGUAGUUAAGAGUCUGUUGGUCUCUCCUCUUACACAGAAAGCUAAGGCUCCCCAGGCUAAAACUACUGUUCCACCGCUUGGCACUGGUAGAAUUGUUAGCAGAUUGCAACCUAUGAGGGCAGCCACUGCACAAUUAAAGAAUAACACUUUAACCGUGGAAAAGCCCAAAGGUACUAAAAAACAGAGCCCUGUGGCAAGGAAGAAUCUGAGCAGUAUGGGUUCUACAGAAGAUCUGCUUUCUGGCAAUUCCAGCAUCGCAUCUGAUAUCAGUGACUCUUCUUUUAAUAACAGCUCUAUAGGGCAGAGCAAGAGGACCCUGGCUCUUCCUAACAAGCUUAAUUUAGGCAAAACACAGUUUAAAACCCCUUCUGCUGCUGGUCCCAGGAGGAAUACUUCGUCUUCAUCAUCUUCCCAUUCCAGUAUAAACACUAGUUUGAAUUCCAGUCUGUCGUCUCCACCUGCUGCCAGUGCUAAACUGAAUUCCUCCCUUCACACGUCCCUGAACACCUCAAUAAACGGCUCAAGACUAAAGCCCAAUACAAACAGAUUUGCACUUGUCCGUCCUCUUGGUGGAAUAGGAUCUGCAUUGAAGGUGGCCAGCUCUGACUCCAACCACCACCGCCUAAAACCAAAUGCAGCACCAAAAGCAAAUGGUAACAAACCUGCAUCUGUGUCUAUGGCCCAGCCGCAGACUCCAACUGGCAAAGUUCACAGACAGACUUCUGCACCCAAUCUACACAGACUGCUUCCUCCUGCUAAACCGGAAAGUGGCGUAAAGGCACUGUCCACAAAGCCGCAGGCAAGAGUAUUGCCCACUCCAACAAGCAGAUUAAGGCCACCACAAAAGCCGGAGGGGCAGUCGCCUGACCACACAGCAAAAAGGUCCCUGAAGCCAACACGAUUACUUUCAUGUGGGGACAUUGGAAGUGGUUCUGUACAAAGCACUCCAAUAGGAUCGAAAGGUAUGCAGAUGAACUCUAGUUUAAUAGGAAGAUGCAUAUCAGCAACACCCACUUCAAAGUUUUCAUCCGCUUUACCUACAUCAGUUAGUCGCAGAACAUCUGGAAUCUUAACAACGCCAAGGACUGUCCCAAGGGCUAUUCCAUCUCUGCGUUCUAUACCAGCUUUGCAGGCGUCCACGUCCUCCCGGAAGUUGCCUGUUGGAUCUACGGAGUGUGAGCAAGUGAAGCCCAAGCUCACUAACAGUCCAAGUUCGCCUAAUGAAGACAAUACUAUUCCUCCCGAAAUCUGUUGUUCUCUAAACUUCUCUCCCGAGAAUAAGCCAGUGUCGGACAAGCAACAAAUGGUGACAUUACCACCUUGCACCGAGGAUUUAUUGAUUGAUAUUGAGGUGGAGAAAACAAAUACUAAAAUUCGGAAGCAGUCUCCAAUUGAUUAUGACAGUCAACCUCUAAUUGAUCUUUCAAAUACCCCUGAACUGAACAAGCAACUUAUCCCACUGAAACCAACAAGUGUUUCCCAGUUAAUUGACUUGAGUUCUCCUCUCAUAAAGCUGAGCCCUGAAGCCAACAAAGAGAACAUGGACUCUCCCCUCCUAAAGUUUUGAAUCAGACAGUAUAUAGAACUUGAGAAUUGUGG